AUCGGGUCACCACACACUCGGCCGUCUACCCUCGCACCAUCAGCAGAGCUCAUCGGGCUAUCUGAGCGGUCCCAAUAACGGCAAAUAUGCAACACUCAGCAAACAGUGUAAGACUCUCGAAUCUAGCGAUUUUUACUGAGAAUCGCUUGCCUGCAACACAAAUGCAGGCAUUAGCAACACCAACAACGCCAAUAUUCUCGGCAGCAACAACAUCAGCAACCACAUCAAACAUCAACAACAGCAGACGAACUCAUUGAAAAAUAUCUUCGCUUCGGCCACGUUACCACGUUCGGCUGGCUCCUCCAUACGCUCCGUACUCUCCGCACAAGCUGUACAUCGUUCCACCGGUAAUGGUUUGGAUCGUGACGAUGAUCGUGAUCCACGCGAUGUCACUAAUAACAGUUUCAAUCGUUUCGAUCCGAAGUAUAUUAGUAUUGGACCGAAGGCGGUGCGCGGCAAUAACAAUUUGAAUAUUGUCGCCGCCGCCACAGCAAAUAAAUGUGCCACGCUGCGGCAUGUAGGCCGCUACGGUGGCUCAUUGAAGGGCGCCAGCCCCUCGCCGAAUCUACGCAGCGCCAAGACACCCUCCAUUGCGACCGUAUCGAAGGAUUACUGCCAACAACCGGACUGCAUACCGCAAGUUUAUACAACCGAAGUGAUUGUACCACAUCAGACGCAACAACCGCAGCCGCCACCACCACCCGCACCGCUGCCACCGCCAAAACCGCGUACCACCAACACAUUCACCGAGAUACCGGGCACUACGGGCGUGGGCAGCUCCUAUGCCAAAGAGCAGCAACAAAUGCUGAUGCAGCAGCAACAAUUACAGCAAUUCCAACAACAACAACAGCAGCAACAACAACACCAACUGCAGCUACAGCAGCAGCAGCAACAACAGCAAUUGGCCGCACUGCAAGCAGCGCAACAACAACAACAAACACAACUACAACUGCAGCAACAGCAGCCGACGCUGCACCAGCAACUGCACCAACACCACCCGCCCACGACACACAUACUGCCACCCACGGCGGUCUACAGCAUCGAGACGUCGGGCUAUCAGCCGCAGGCGCAGCAACAGCCGCAACAGCAGGCUGCGGCGCAGCCACAACAUUUACAACAACACAUGGUGGUUGCACAGCAGCAACAACAACCACCACCAACGGCCGCGCCACGUGAGCCACCACGACCACCGCCACAGCGCUCACUGAAUCCGGCUUCCAUAGUCAACCAACCACUGCCGGAGAUACCGCAGCAGGCGCAGCAGUCGAAGAUCUCACCACAACCGCUGUGCGCAGCCAACCUCAAUCAGUAUCGCUCGUUACAACGACCACAGGCACAGAAAAUGCAACUGCCCAGCGGCGCCAUGCCGGCGCAGCAGCAACAACCACCCUCGUUGCCGCCAAAGAAGAAGUCGUCGCGCGAGAUUAGCACUUCUACAGCGGGCGGCACUUUAAACGCCAAUCACUUGCAGACUUUGCCACCAAAAUCGGCCAGUUUGCGACAACAGCAAAACGCCACAAACGCUUACAGUUACGAGCGCGAACGUGAGCGUGAGCGCGCUGAGCGCCACGAACGCCCUAGACGCGCGGAAACGCUCGAUAAUGCGCGCACUGCCAGCAGCGGCAGCAUGGCUUUCAUUGAGCAACAAUUCAGCAGCGGCGGCAUGAAGAAGCAACACUCUUAUGACUCGUAUACGCUGCAGCAGCAGCAGGCACAGCGGCAUGCGGCUGCAACCACGCCCAACAAUAACUACCACGGCGGAAUCAGCAGCAAACACCAACAACAACAGCAGCAGCAACAAUACUUAAUUGAAGCGCAGCAGCAGCAGCUGUACUACCGCUCGCUGAAGCGCGGCGGCUCGCAUGCCAACAACGAUCUCUACUCGGUAACAGAAUUGUAGGAAUGUGCCUGCUGCGGCGGCGGCGUGGAUGUUGUGCGGCGCACGACAACGUGUGCCACAACAGUUGCGCCACCAGCCGCAGCAGCAGCCGCACAAACGGUCGCACCGCCACCCGUACCAUUGCCGCCGAAGAAGCAUCGUUCCUCAGCGAGCGUAGGCACCGCAACGAUGACGACGCGAGACAGUCAGACCACUGCCAAAGCCACAACGACCGCCGCGACGAGCAUGACUUGUGACGAACACGAAUACGACGAGUAUUGUCCGGAGCAAUAUGAUGCGCAUCAUCAUCACCAUCACGGCUCUACACAGACACAGACGCAAACGCAGUGUGAGCGUGACCGAGAACGUGAACGCGAUCGGGAGCGUGAACGCGAACGUGAUGCGCAUCAUCGCCACAGCUCAUCACGCGCUGGAGCUGCCGCGUCCGCACUGAAACACCAACGUGCCGCCACCUUCGAUGUGGCCGAUGCGCGCGACUACGAACUGCAACGACUGGGCAAUCGACGCUCACAACAGCAACAACAGCUGCAGCAGCAGCUACAACAGGCAACCGGCGGUGGUGGUAACAGCAGCAAAUACCGUGGCGUUGAACAUCGCGGUGAGCGUACGCACGAUCGCGAACGUUCACGUAGCGAUCAUCGCAUUGCCACCUACGCUUGCGACGAUACAGCGCUUUGCGGCAGCAGCAUUGGCGGUCAUCAAAAUCAUCUGGCCAAUGGUGGCGUCACCCAGUCGAGCAGGCAGCAGCGGCGCGAAAAAACGUUCAAAGUAUGAUUUUUAGAGACGUCAUAAAAAUUUUCCCCUCCCUCUACGGAAACGUACGGUAAACAUGCGACAGCAGCGGCAGCUUACAGUUGGUAAAUUGUUGCGGCAAUGAAUCAGCGUGGCAGUCCGGCGGCCAAUCGACGGCAGAGUUGAGCAACCGCAAUGUGGGCGUGUACUUGUGCGUUAAGUGGAGGGCAGUGUGGCAGCAGCGCGGCGGAUUUAUAAUAAUAAUUGUGUGCAACACAGCACAAAUUUCCAACACCAAAACAAACAACCAAAAGAAAAAAACAAGUAAAUCAUCACACCGCUUCAGGCGUGUGAGUUAGUUGUUGUGUUGCCUCUUUUAGUAAACGAUUAGCGACAAAUUGGCUUCUACCAAAUCCUUGAACCCCAAAUAAGUGUACGAGUAUAUGUAUUAUAAUGCUGUAACUAGUUUCAUCACUAGUGUUGUUGUUGUGUAGUUUAGCUUAGUUUGUUAUCAUAUUGUAAUUGCCGUAUGUUUGUAUGUGUAUGUGCUUAUUUAAGAGUUGUUAACGUUCAGAAAUGCGCACAAAUUUUGUGUAAAAUAGUUUUAGAAAGAAAGAAAAAACAACAAACAAACCAAAGCAGCCGAAACGCGUCAUACAAAAAUGUUUGCUGGCGUAAGCGUGUGUUGCAAAUUUAGGUACUUGACAAAAUAAAUAUAAAAAUAGAUUCCUUACUUUUUUAAUGUUUAAAAAAAUGUUAAGAAUUUUUAACAAAUAUUUUCGUUUUUUUAUUUUUAUACUAAUAAACAAAUAUAUAUGUAUCCCUGGUCGACCAGGGCAUUGGUUUUAAAAAUUUAUUAAAGAAAUA